CAUCUUUAACCAGCACUCACACAGCCGUACUGGUUACCGACAGGUUUUAUCUCCCGAUAUCUAGCCACUGCCGGAUCUUGCCCACCCUUCUUCGCGGCCCCGAUGCAUGGAUUCCAGGCCUGGUUGUGCGCUACCAGAACAUGGAAGAGUCCGGCCGAUGGCAUCGUGCCACGGCGACGUUCUGGGCUUGCUUCUGGCCCAAGCGCACCCGAGGCUUGUGGUUUCAUUUUCGUACAAAGAUGGAGGUGGCGGAUACGCAUGAGGAUAUCCACGCCCGGCUUGCCGUCUGCCGGUGGCUCACUAUCUCGUGGGCUGAGAUGGGAGGGAGGGAGUGUGCAUUCGCGACACCACUUUCACCAUCGGCGUCGCCAGCAUCGGCUCUGGCCGCCAGUCCGGUUGUUGUUAGCGCUGGAUCUUUUUGACCAAAACUCGUCGAUGCGGUUGAUGACGGCUACGUUCCUAUCACCAGGCCUGGUUGAUUGGCGUUGCGGCGUCACGCUUCCCAUCUCUUCCCAUCCUUGUUUGUCCCCAGGGCCCUAUAUCACAUUGCCGUACCAGACGGACGGGUGGACAGCAGCAGCUCGCCUCUCGCCGUCGGCGACGCGGCGUCCAAGACACGACGAAUGCAGAGCCGCUCCAUCAGGUGAUUGGCACUCCCCCUCCCCUGCCCGUCCUCCUUCGACUACUGCAGGAUACAAACAGCCCGAAUCACCACGGCCAUGCCCUUCACCCUCUUGACAGAGCACAUCCCGCCCACGCUGCAAAGCCGCGAUGAUACACAGGUCUCGCACAGGUCUCCCCCGGGUCUUCCCCCAGGCCUUGGCGAACCCUGUCCUGUCCUGUCCUGUCCUGUCCUGGC